AUGGGGAUCAUGUCAUCGACGGAUCGGAAGACGGAGAAUCCAAAGUCCAAUUCUCGAAACGAACCAGAUGAUGGUUGGUUACCUGCUUUGAGAGAGCCAGUAAAAGCGUUCACAGAAGGAGGUGAAUGCAAAGAUUUGAUAAUUGAUUACAUCGCUUGCAAAAACGAAGCCGAGGAGAAGAAUGAAGAUAGCUUCACCAAGUGUAAGCAUGUCAGAGAGAUGCUGGACAAGUGUUACGAUGCUCACUCUGAUUACUAUAGUCCCAUUUAUGAGGACGUGGAACCUGUUGUAGAUUCGAUGCUGACUGAGAUAAAAGCCUUGUUCCCUCCAAAACAGGGAAGAGAAGACGACGACGACGACUUUGUAGAAGCGCGGGUUUGCGAGUUCAUGGUGGGAGGAGAUUGCAAAGAAGCAUUCAUGACGGCUUUGCAAGAAUGCUUGGUGGACAAGACCGAGGAUGACGAUUCAAGCAAGUGUGUCAGAGACUUGAUGAUGCUCAAGAAAUGCAUGGAUGCUCACUCUGAUUACUAUCAGCCGAUUCUUGGGGCGGUUAAUUCCGGUUAUCAACUCUACCAAAGCCUUCUCCUAAGCAAGCUCAAGGGUGGUGGUGAUUGA